GUUAUCAGUUGUGACUGAACUAUUUGCUGCUACUUGAGGCUCUGCAGUGAUAAGAGUUACAUUUAUAAGUCAGUUCCUGGUGUAGAGUGCAAACUGUGACACUGCCUGGCAGAGAGCCCAGCUGACAGCUGGAGUAAAAUAACCUCACUGAACACAAACAAGGUUGAGUACUUGAUUUACAAAUUAUCAUUCUAAGGGUGAAAUAUUCCUUUAACACAAAACUGUAGAUUGACAAAAGAUUGUGCUCAGGUCCUUUGGAGCCCAUUAACAAACGUUGUUCAAGUGGCAGGGCAGGUAAAACUAAGGUCAACAUGAAAAGUAAACAGGAUCCUUGUGAAAGGUGUGUUAUUAAUAUAUUGUGUCAUGACCACACCUACACUGAAGUGGGAAGGCAGAAUACUGCACCUUUCAGCCCCAUGUCUUCACAUGUCGACCUGCAGGAUUUCACCGAAAGCAAUGAGAGAAAGCCGUGCAGACUGAAUGGAAAGUAGAAAAAGAAGAGGGAACGUGAAAGGAACUAAAAGUGUGUUUUUAGAAGAAGGACAAACAGAAACAUGAAUUCAGAUCCUGGAGCCACAGACCUGGAUUCCUCCUGGGGGAAACCUGGUGAAGAACCAGGUAGGAGCUCAGAGCAUCAGAUCCAGGACCCGGAGCUGGAUCCGGUGCCGGUUUGGGUUCCCAGUGGGAGGCGGCUGAUCUCUGGUCUGCUGGGUCUGAAUGUGCUGCUGCUGGGAGCCGCCCUGGUGGCCGGGCAGGCUUUCAACCCGGAGGGCCUGAAGCACCAGGAGCCCCAGGUGUUCAUGCUGCUUCUGAUCGUGGUCAGUGUGCUUUGGAUGCUCUGGUACCUGCUGUGGGCCACGAAACAGCCCGGCAUCUGCCCACAUAAAGACCACCACGCAGGGGGAAUCACUGUGACCGUGGUCCUCAUGCUUUUUGCUGCAUUCAGUCUGCUGCUGUUUAUCUUCAGGGUUGGUUAUUUGGUCAGCAUGAGGGAGUGUAAGCCUGCUGCCAAAGUGCUGUCUCCAUUCAUCGAGGCUCCCUUCCUCGCGCUGCAGACAUAUUUACUGUGGGCUCACUCCAAGGACUGCAUCCACAGACACAAGAUAAUCACCAGGGCCGGGCUGAUGAUGAUCCUCUCGGCCGACCUGCUGCUGUGGCUCAACGCGGUGACGGAGGACACCAUCCACGAGGAGAUCGAGUUAGAGAAAGAAGACGGGCUUGAUUUGAGCAACAUAAACUCAUCUGAAGCAGAAGGCUCUGCUUUAGCAGGAAUUACCAAUUCCACCUUCUGCCAGUGCAGUGCGAGUGCAGCCUGCCUCAUCUUCAGGAAAGGCUUUGAAAUCCUUUAUCCCUUCAACAUGGAGUACUACCUGAUGGCAGGCUGCAUGAUCUAUGUGAUGUGGAAGAACGUUGGCCGCAGGAUGAGUCCAGGUCCCCACCACGCCACUCAGAAGCUGACCCUUCACGUUGUCUACCAAGGCGGGGUCAUAUACGGCCUCGUGUUCGGCGCCCUGGUGCUCGCCGCAGGAGUGGCCGUCUUCAUUCUCUACCAGGUUUGGGUGGGCCAGCAGCAGCGUCGCCUCACCGCCUUCCUCAUAUUUUACGGCUACCACUUAGCCGUCAUGCCCCUCAUGUCUCUGUGCACCCUGGCCGGGAUGCUAGUCUACAGGCUGGAGAGGAGGGCGAACGAAGAGGGACACAACCCCACACGCAGCCUGGACGUGACCCUCCUGGUGGCAGCAGCUCUGGGCCAGCUCGCCCUGUCCUACUUCUCCUUGGUGGCGGCUCUAGCUGUGGGGACCAGUGGGCUUCUGGGGGACCUCGACCUGUCCUACUCCCUCCUCAGCCUGCUGGAGCUCAUCCUCCAGAACAUCUUCAUCAUUGAAGGCUUGCACAGGCACCCGAACCUUCUGGCCAAGAAGAAAGAGAACCAGCGGAGCAGCAUAUUCAAGCCUAAGAAAAAGGUUGCCGUGCCAAAACCAGAGGGGAGGAAGACGGAUAUUUCCCUGCUGGAGGGAAACAUGUCAGCGGCUGCUCAAGAGCAUGAUGGGAAAAAGUCCUGGACCAAAAGAGCGAUGCAAGAAAUCUGUGCUUUCCUCAUCCUUUCUAACGUUAUGCUGUGGGUCAUCCCUGCAUUUGGAGUCCACCCCCAGUUUGAGAACGGCCUGGGGAAACAGUUUUUUGGCUUCUCCGUUUGGUUUGUUCUGGUGAACUUGGGUCAGCCGCUCAGCGUUUUCUACAGGAUGCACUCUGUGGGAGCUUUAAUGGAGCUGCUCAUCUCUGCGUGACGAGCAGCCAACUCUGACUUCACGAGUUACAGUAGAAAAUAUUUAAAUGUUUGGUGGAAACACAACAUGAUACGCAUUUAAAAAUGACUUGAUGAUAUCCUGCUGCAGGUUUGGUCUUAGGCUGUUUUUCCAUUGUUUUUGUUUUCUCUUUAUUUCACACAUACACAUACACACGCACACGCACACGCACACGCACACGUGAUUUUCACGUUUUGUUCUAUGACAUAAAAUGCAUCAGU